AUGGAGAUAGAGCGCAAGGGUGAACUUGGAGAGAUAACCCUAGCGCAGACCCAGUAUAUCCAGGACCUGCUGCAUCGACAUCAAGUGGACGAGACGAAAUACCAGACAGUAGUUGGCGAGCUGAUGUGGUUGGCGCUUACGACCCGACAGGAUAUUCUUCAUUCCGUUGCGAAAUUGGCACAGCGGAAUAAGGAACCGCAUAGCGAGCAUCUAGCAGGCGUUAAGCAUGUAAUGCGUUACCUGGCGUCUACAUUGGAAUACAAGCUGCACUACAAGAAGACGGGACAGGCGUUUGCUGGCUACGUCGACGCCGAUUGGGGUGACGACAGGCUUGAUCGAAAAUCGUAUACAGGAUACGUGUUCUUUUUGGCUGGUGGUCCGACAUCGUGGAAGUCGGAGAAGCAGCACAGCGUAGCACUCAGCAGUACCGAGGCUGAGUACAUGGCGUUGUCGACGGCGUGCAAGGAGGCAGUUGCUAUGAGGCGGCUGAUCAUCGAACUUGGCUGCGGGGACGCAGAAACCCCGACGAUCGUUUUUGGAGACAACUUAAGUGCACAACAACUAGCCAAGAACCCAGUGCAUCAUGCUAGGACAAAGCAUAUAUACUGA